AUGUUCCCAGUGCCUUCUUCAUCAUCCUCAACACCGUCGAGUGAUGUAUCAGAGGCAGUAGCAGCCAAGAAGGAAGUUUUUGCAAGAGUAAAUCGAGCUGUUGCGAAUGCAACACAACAUUUUACUGUGCCACCGACGCCCACCACGGCCAUUACUCAACAGUUGCCAACCGCGGCUCAGCCUUCAGUCCCCAGCAGUACGAUGACACACCCAUUUCAACCUCUCUCGUCUAUGCUGGCCUCACCGAUACAAAAUGCGGCAGCUUUGGCAUCAAAUCCAUUGUUCGUGAGUGCACUGGAGAACGCCACAACGGCUGCUUUGAUUUCCAAGCUUGCCACUGCCCUUUCGCAUGUAACUGACUCAAUGGUCCAAUCACUAGCCAACAAAGAUUCCACUGAAUCCGUUGCUUCUGCACUAAAGGAAGCAGUGCAACUAUUGGCAGCGAUGACAGCGCUAACAGUUAACCUGAACAAUUCUGUCUCGAAGUGCAUGGUCGCUUUGGAACUUGGGCCACCUAUGAAAACGGAUUCAGUUAUGUCCACGCCGUUGCCAGUUGCGUCAGCACCUGGAGGUCUACUGAGAUCUCUGUUGUCAAAAUCGACACCACGAGGUGACGUUGAGAAGGAGAAUGUCCCCGAAGGCGGGGGUCCACAGAAGAAAGUCAAAUUAUCUGGUGGAGCGCGAGUCCUUCUUCCAAGGACAGCAUCACGGCGGACGCGUGGUGAUUCUUUUCCUACUGGACAGAAUAAUCUUCGGAGGAAAGCGUGA